AUGUUCUCGCUCAAGAUUGCGCUGGGCCUCUGCGCCCUUCUGCCGUUCGUGCAACUUGCUUCCGCUCAGGGGAAAGAGUGGGAUCAGUGUGGCGGUAUUGGUUGGUCCGGUGCGACAACUUGCGUGUCCGGAACGACGUGCGUCGUAGUGAACGCCUACUACUCCCAGUGUCAACCUGGAGCAACUACUGCGCCGACGACGACGGUCUCAACGCACACUUCGACGACGACCACGGGCACCGCCCCGAGUGGAUUGAGCUCAAUUCCGGCCUCGACGCUUCACCAGAUCACCAACUUCGGCACGAACCCGAACAAUGUCGGGAUGUACGUGUACAAACCUGCGCGCGUCGCGUCCAAGCCAGCUUUGAUUGUCGCGAGCCACUACUGCACGGGUACCGCGCAGGCCUACUACACAGGCUCUAAGUUUGCUCAGCUUUCUGAGACAUACGGUUAUGUCGUGCUCUACCCCUCGUCUCCUCACUCCGGAACCUGCUGGGACGUCUCCUCCAACGCAACGCUCACGCACAACGGAGGCUCUGACACCCUCGGCAUCGCCUCUGCCGUUCGCUACGCCAUUAGCAACUGGGGCGUCGAUUCGUCGCGCGUUUUCGCUGUAGGCUCCUCAUCGGGCGCCAUGCUCACGAACGUGCUGGCGGGCGCGUACCCGGAUCUCUUCAAAGCUGGAGCCGUCGAUUCGGGUGUACCCUACGGAUGCUUCUACCUGCCCAACUCGGCUCAGGACAGCUGGAACUCCCAAUGCGCUCAAGGCCAGCUCGUGCUCACCGGCGCGGAGUGGGCGCAGCGCGUUUACAACGGGUACCCGGGCUACACUGGUGACCGCCCGAAGAUGCAAGUCUGGCACGGAACUGCUGAUACCACACUGUACCCCCAGAACUUCUACGAGACCGUGAAGCAGUGGUCAACGGUGUUCGGGUACUCGAGCACGCCCAGCUCGAACGUAACCGAGUCCUACCUGCCGAGUGGGUAUCACAACGCGACUUUCGGGCCGAAGUUCCAGGCCAUCCUCGCGCAGAACGUUGGCCACACGGUUCCGCUGUACGAGAGCCUGUACCUGCAGUUCUUCGGCAUCGCGUAG